AAAGCAACAGAGAUGCAAUUCAGAGUUAUUAGUUUAUUGCUGAAUCAUUGUUUUUGAAGAAACCGGAGGAAAUACUUCAGUAAUCAACUUAAGUUUAAGGCCUGAAAAACAAUGUUAGCGUAUUUCACAAGAGGUCUGACGAGGAAUUCAACUUAAAGAGCCUUGUUAGGGUCCCCCAUGUGUCAAGAGUCUGGAGUAAUGGUGACCAUGGUGUAAAUCUCCCUCAGGGCAAAGGUUUGUUGUAAUGCCACCAGGGUUCAACCUGUGGUCAGAGGCGGUAAGUCGACUGAGCUGAACGUAGAUCAGCAGGAAAAACAUGCAGCCAGGUUGACACUUUGUUUUCCACAUACCAUUAAUGUAUUUCUCAAGUUUUCAAAUGAAGAAACUGAUGUUACUCUUAAUGUAAGCUAAGAUUUAUUUUUCUCUGCUUCGCAUUCCAUGUUUAAUUUCCUUACAACUAGUUCGGAGUGGGUUCAUUUGGUCUUUCAGUUCCAUAUUCUGAUGGAUGUGUAACUGAAGCCUACAGGAUUAAGGUUAUCUGGUCAAAGAAUGUUUUAUCUUGUCGUACUGUUCCUUUGAGAAGAUGCAGAACAUCCAGAACAGCCUGGUUUUUUCCAACACUGAUCCCGAUUAUGGAUGGGACAGAACAGACUCGCCACUGUGAGUCAACUAAGUCCUCCGCACUUCAUUGUCUGGAGGGCAAUCAGCUUUAUAGCCCAAUUAGUUUCUCAUAGCAGUGGUCUAAUCACCAAAAGGAACUAAGAAGGUGCACAAUUCAAAAGAAGGCCGUUAUUAAAUUGACAACCAUGAAUGCUCACUGUACUUAUACUUAUGAGUUAUUUACUUUAGUGUUUGCACUAAAUUACUCCAUUAGAUUUCAGAGGGAUAUAGUGUACUGCUAGGGGAACAUUAUGCAUAAUAAAUACACUAGUGGUAUGCAUGACUUAUUGACUUUUAAUUGUAAUAGAGUAUUAGAACACAGGUGAUUUCAGUUUGAAUAACUUACAUUUAUCAAUGAAUCUUAUUGAUGCAAUUGUCCAUCUGAAUGCCUAAUAAAUGUUAUUUUCACAUGAUAUUAUUAUUAUUUGCCCUUUGGUUGCACGUGCAGAAGGACCAAUCGUGUCCUCGGGAUAUCCUCUGAACUUUCUCUCCUCCUCGCGACAGAAAGGAUAAAAAGCUCAUUUCCCUAAAGCACUUGAGGGUAGUUUCCCCCAAAACUGUUACGAUGUUGCAGCUGUUUACCUUUCUGUUGGAGAAGUUCUCUCUUCUCUUUAACUUCAAACUGUUUGGGUCCAGCUGGUCGGACGGUGAGGACCGGAAAGGUCACGCGCUGCGCGCUCCCCCGCAGCCCCUCCGGAGGGGAGACCUGCUGGAAGUCCCCAGAACCCUUUUCACCCACUUCGGCAUUUAUUUAGGCGACAAUAAAGUGGCUCACCUGAUCCCCGACAUCCUGCCUGUGCUCACACUCGACCGGAAGCUCAUUGGUUCUGUCAUUACAAACACGAGACUGAUCUUCGGCGUCAUCUACAGAUGCGCCACGGUGCGCGUUGACACUUUAGAGGACUUUGCAUAUGGCUCCAACAUACUGGUUAACCCCAUGGAUAAAUUCAUGAAGGAUCAAGCAUUGGCCAAUGAAGAUGUCGCUAAGAGAGCUGAAAAACACAUCGGAGCCACUCCCUACAGUCUGCUGUGGUAUAACUGUGAACACUUUGUGACCGAUUGCAGAUAUGGACGUGCAGCCAGCCUGCAAACAGAUAAGUUCUGCGAAUGCUUGAAAUCAAUCAUCAGAGACCAGCGCAGCGUGGCUGUCACAGGCCUCCUGGGAAUUGUGUCCAUUAUCUGCUAUGGCAUGGCACCAUCAACAACAUUACCCACAAUCCUCAUUACCUUAACUCUGUGGAUGGCUGGUUGAAGAAGUGCAGCAGAAGGAACCUACAAACAAUCAAACACACAAACUGAGCUUCUACUUGGCAAGGAGUGACCUGAAACCUCCUUAGGACCGUGCCCUCCUGUCUUAUGGAGUUAAAACUAUACAUGUCAUGACCUUUGAGUAGACGAUGUUUAAUGUUUUGUUUUUGACAUGCAAAUAAUAGUCUCCUAUGUGACUUACAUUGGUUCUCUCAUAAAAGCAUUGGGAAAAAUAUAUUUAUAAAAGAAUACAGAUAGUGAUUCACUUUUGCUAACAUUACAGUCAACACACACGUUGACUUUAAUUUAGUGUAUUUUGUCAACAGAUUACACAUAACUGUAUUAGGUAUUAGAGUGCACAAAAGGAAUAUACAGUGGUACAUUGACUACAACAAUAUCUAAAUGUAUUAUAUGUGGUUGGAAUUCUCUUGCAAUGAACUUAAUAUAAUGUUGUAAAUAUGAAAAAUGUUUAAUAAACUAUUUAUUUUUUCUACUUGAGUGAGUGGACGCAGCCUACAUCUCAGAACACAUGCCAGUGAGAGCAAAGCCAUCAUAUAGUAUUUGUGAUAUUCAAUCAUAUACCAGUUUUAAAAAAGUUAAAACGGAAGUCCAUAUAAAUAGAUUCUGCGUUUAUUUGCUGAAUGUCUGACGUAACAGUAGUAUUGAUCAAUCACAGUUGAGAAGUCUUUGGUUAAAUAUUGUUAAAAUUCUGUGUGGAAAACAACCCAGUCAUACUCGUAAUCAUAACUCCGUCUCCAGUCUCACACCUCAAGUUGCAAUUAUAGUCAAUGGGUUCAAAGAUUGCUGAAACAAUAACACAGUUUAUGUGUAAAUGUAUAGUGUAGAUGUGCUGCAAAAAGUUACAAUAAACACAU